UGGCGUCAUCGACCCGCGCCGCCGUCCUGUCACAUGUGAGGCAAACAGACAGCUAGCCGUGUGUUCGUGUGAUAUUUCGGAUGGACGAAAGGCAAGAAGUAGAACUCCACGGAGAUGAGGAAAUCAUCGAAGUGAUCGACCUGAACAGCGCGGAGCCUGAACCCGAGGAUUUGGCGGAUGAAUUGGAAGAUGUUGACUUUGAGGACUCGGCAAACCAGGUGGAUGAUGAAGGCUGGGAGACUGAGGACGAGAUGGAGGCGGAGGAGGAGCAGGACGACAGUGAGCUGACCUUUUCCAAACACACAGGGUCUGUGUUCUGUGUCAGUCUGGACCCGGCCACCAACAGUCUGGCCGUCACGGGGGGAGAGGAUGACAAGGCCUACGUUUGGAGAGUGAGUGAUGGCGAAGUCCUGCUGGAGUGCGCUGGGCACAAAGACUCUGUGACAUGUGCCACGUUUAGUCACGACUCGGCUCUGGUGGCUUCCGGUGACAUGAGUGGUCUCAUUAAAGUUUGGAAAGUGGAGACAAAAGAGGAGAUCUGGUCCUUUGAAGUGGGAGAUCUCGAGUGGCUGGAGUGGCAUCCCUGUGCUCCGGUGCUGCUCGCCGGGACUAAUGACGGUAACGUGUGGAUGUGGAAGAUUCCGUCAGGAGACUGCAAGACCUUCCAGAGCUCUGCGUGUCAGGCCACUUGUGGCAAAAUCCUGCCCGAUGGCAAACGUGCUGUGGUGGGCUACGAUGACGGGACGGUGAGAGUUUGGGAUCUGAAGCAGGGCAAAGCCAUCCACACUAUCAAAGAAGGACACCAGGGGGCGCUCACCUGCCUGGCCGCCAAUAAGGACGGCUCACUGGUGUUGACUGGGUCGGUGGACGGCUGCUCCAAACUGGUGAACACAACCACAGGAAAGGUGUUGGCGGCGUUUUCAGCAGAUGGAGCACAGACGCGAGUUCCCAAUGAUGAAGGGGAAACCAACUCUGUGGAGUCUGUGGGCUUCUGUAACAUACUCCCCCUGGUGGCAGUUGCGUACCUGGACGGAACCCUAGCCGUCUUUGACUUGACCACACAGGCCUUGAGGCACCGCUGCCACCAUGAGGCGGGACUUGUUCAACUGCUGUGGGAGGAGUCUUCGUCCGUGGUGUCCACCUGUUCUCUGGACGGAGCUCUGCGAUUAUGGGACGCUCGCACCGGCAGCAUGAUAUCGGAGUACCGCGGACACGCAGCAGAGAUCCUGAGCUUCACCAUCAACAGGGACGCUUCUCUGGCUGUGACGGCGUCGGGAGACAACCAAUCCAAAGUCUUCUGUCUCCAGAGACCUGAUCGAUAGAAGAGCCAGGAAAUAAGGAAGACCUCAUCAUGAAAUUUUGAAAAACUGCUCAUUUUAUUUUUAAUGCUGAUUCAGCUCUGUUAACCACGAGGAGGCUGAAGUCUGCAGGGAAGCGCCCUCUUGUGUUUGAGUGGUGCAAAAACAUCCAAGUGUACAUAGAAACAUGAGCAACAAUUGUCAUGACAGAAUUGCCCCCUGGACUCCAGUGUUGGAGACGAAGCAACAUAAACUAAUGUGGUUCCGUUGUCUGUCGUCGUCAUUAUCCCGACACUGUCACAUUUUUGUUCAUAUUUCAGACUGAAUUAGAAUAUCUCUUCAUUCUUAUGUCAUCUGAGGUUUUAAUUUCAACACGUUAUAUGGGAGAGAAUUAGUACUGAAUGGCCUUAUCUCUCAUGCAUUAUUACUACAUUUGUAAGGAUUUAUUUCGAUGUUAUGAAUGUUCAUAUUCAUGUGUGUCAACUUAUGACAAGGUUAUUAAGUCUUAUAAGAAUGUUGUUAUUGUGUUUCUAAUAUCAUCCUGUGUGGUUAGCAUUAGGCUUAUGGUAAAGGCUUUAUUACUUUAUUAAAACCACCACUUGUGUUUUAUAAACCUUCUCCUAUGUCACCAUACAUGAUGAUGAACAUUCAUAACGUCUUCUGUGAAGACUUGGAAAUGAAUUUGGAUGUGUUAUGAAAGUAGUAAUGCAGUGUAGUACAGAUUUAUUUUACUGAGUGUGACUCAUUUAAAUGAUUAAAUGUUGCUUAUGAAUCAGUCAAACUGAUC